AUGGUUGUCAAACCUCACAUAUCAUUAAUUGUUGCUGCAAUGGCACCUGAACUCGGGAUUGGGGCCAACGGAAAGCUUCCAUGGCGGUUGAAACAGGAAAUUAAGUACUUCAGAGACGUGACAUCACAUUCCGGGGAAGGAUCCAUCAAUGCUGUAAUAAUGGGCAGGAAAACAUGGGAGUCAAUUCCUGCAAAGUUCAGACCAUUGCCAAAUCGUCUCAACGUGAUUCUCUCCCACUCUCACACUAAUGAGUACAGGGAUGGUGUCUUAUUCUACAACUCCAUGGAUUCGAUUCUAGAUGCGUUCCAAAGAGACAACUACAAAUUUCAGAAACAAGAUAUUAACAAGAUAUUCAUUAUUGGAGGGGCCCAGAUUUACAACGCUUUCGUGACAGAUCCAAGGGUUGAUAGCCUCCUUCUUACCAACAUAACUUUCACCGGAGAGGCUUCUGAAACGCCGGUCAUGGAUACCUUUUUGAGAUGGAACCUUGACGAAUGGAAACGGCUGGAUAGUUCCAGAUUGAAGAAUCUCGUGGGAGUGGAAUUUACGGAAGGACUUAUUGAAGAAGGUGCUUAUGAAUACGAGUACACCCUUUGGGAACGGAAAUAG